AUGGACCCCUCAAAGACACAAACCCCCUUACCUUCAACACUGGACCCUUCAAAGACACAAACCCCCCUACCUUCAACACUAGACCCCUCAAAGACACAAACCCCCUUACCAUUAACAAUGGACCCCCCAUCCUACGACUCCGAAUUCCCAAUCCCCGUGUCCUCCGAUACCCCAGCUUCCUACACUCCAGCUCCCUACUCCCCCGAGACCAUCAACCCCUCGGCCAACACCUACGAUCAUAACUACGACGCCCCAAUCCCCGUCGAAACCCUGUCCCAAUCCGCGUCCGAAUUCGUCCCAGAGCAGCGCCCCCGCAUCGACUCCCACGGGAGCAGCCAGUAUCUCCAUGCUGUCCCGCUACAUACCCUUACCCGUGCGCCCGCGCCGGUGGAUUGUCCAAUUUGUAAUAAACGCGGGAUGACGAAAUGUGCUAAGAAGAGUGGGAACUUUACGCAUAUGUGUGCGGCGGUGACGUGCGCGGUCAGUUGCUUGGGGUGCAUUCCGUAUUUGAUCUCGAGUCUGAAGGACGUGAAGCAUAGCUGUACAUCGUGUGGGGUGCUGCUGGCGGUGUGGCAUCGCAGCGGUGGGGGGACGGAUGUGCUUGCGCAUGCGCUGAAGUAG